AUAUUGUUGUAAUUAUACACUAAAGACCUGUAUCUGACAGAUAUUGUUGUAAUUAUACACUAAAGACCUGUAUCUGACAUAUUGUUGUAAUUAUACACUAAAGACCUGUAUCUGACAGAUAUUGUUGUAAUUAUACACUAAAGAACACUUGUUGUAAUUAUACACUAGGUGUCCCUGUACACUUGUGUUGUAAUUACACGCUGGGAGUCUUUGUACGCCCGUGUUGUAAUUAUACGCUGAGAGUCUUUGUACGCUCUUGUUGGCUGUAGUCUUUGUACGCUCUUGUUUGUUGUAAUCUCUGUACGUUCUUGUUGGUUAUAAUCUCUGUACGCUCUUGUUGGUUGUAAUCUCUGUACGUUCUUGUUGGUUGUAAUCUCUGUACGCUCUUGUUGGCUGUAGUCUCUGUACGUUCUUGUUGGCUGUAGUCUCUGUACGCUCUUGUUGGCUGUAGUCUCUGUACGCUCUUGUUGGCUGUAAUCUCCGUACGCUCUUGUUGUAAUCUUUGUACGUUCUUGUUGGCUGUAAUCUCUGUACGCUCUUGUUGGUUGUAAUCUCUGUACGCACGUGAUGUAAUUAUACACUGGGGGUCUCUGGAUGCUUGCACUAUAUUGGAUAGUUUGUGGAAUACUGAAUAACGUUUGGUGCAAACGUCCAGCGAUUUUAGAUGUUUAGAUACGGUAGACGCCACUUUUAACGACAUUUUAAGUUAUGUAAAACGUUUGACAUGCCAUAUGUAGGAGUACGUAGGAGUACCACGUGAUAUAGGUAAAAGAAACUGAAAUUACCCUUUCAAAUAUUCCGAAUUGGCAAGAUGAAUCACUCGGAUUUGUUGAUACUCUGAUACAAGAACCUUGGGAUAGACGUUGCAGAUGCGAGAUUAAAUUUCCUAAAUCCCGUCGAAAGUGUAUAUUACCUAAAUCAAGUCACGCAAGAACACAAAGGGUCCAAUCUCAUGGUACAUAAUAGGGCUUUUUUUAAAUUCACUUCUGAUUACAAUUUUACACAUGCAAAACAACGCCUUUCCCUGUGCAGAUCGUCUACCCUCUAAACAUGGCGGUAGGGACAAUUUUCGCACAUUUUCUUAUCCUUGGAGCCCUUCUCAUCUUUUAUGGAGCCGAGGGACUUCAUCUGAAGGGUUUAAACAGCGGCAUAAAAGAGAACAGAUUUCAAGAACGGACAGAUCAGAACCCGUCUGAGAAUGAGGACCCGGAUAAACCCUAUUUCGAGAAGAUGUUGCGAUUGUUAUCGCAACAAAAACGCGAAAGAGAGAAGAAAUGGCAAAACCUGAAGACAUUGGGUGAAAUAGAGAGGCAGUUUGAGGAAAAUAACAGAGAGAGUGGUUUCGGCGGAAAUGACGGAGAUCCAGAGGACAAUUUUCUUGGGCAAGGGUACGAUGAAACUAGGGGUCUAGAUGAGCACUUUGGACACACAGGAAAUCAAGAUUGGGAGGAGAAUGAAGACAAUGAAGAAAAUGACACUGAUCUAGAAAACGAUGACAAUAACUUGAUAGAAAAAAGAAAAAAUUACGACCUUCAGAAUAAAGAUGUAAAUGGAAACCUCGAUGAAGACGAAGAGGAGGAAGAAGAAGAAGAAAAGAAAAGGGAAGAAUCAAAUGAAAAUGAUGAAGAAGACGAGGAAAACGACGAGGAAAAUAUCGAUGAUGAAGAACACAAUGACGACCAAGAAGAAGAUGAAAAUGACAAGAAAAGAAAUUAUCGUGGCCGAGCGAAAUCAGAUUUGUUAAGUUUUUGGAUGCGUGAACUAAAGAAAUUUGACGGGAUCAAAACAGAAGAAACACGAUGCGGUGGCAAUUGUCUGGAAUGAGAGAAAACGAACAGCGAAUACCAUAUAACUGUGAAAACAAUAACAACAUUACAGACACUCUGACUUAUUAUGGAAUUCAUUUGACAAGCUAUGUAGCGAAUAUAAUACAAGUAUUUUGAUUUUAUCACAUGGUUUUGUCAUACUGUGAAACACUUUACAUGUAUUUGGCCAUUAUGCUGUUGUUGUCCAUUCAUAAAUCAUUUGCAAUACUA